GAAGGGCGUCUGUGCCCCUCCCUUUGACUCACAGUCGUUCGCUGAGGCUGAGAUGUAUUUUUGUAUCAAUGGUUUGUUUAUGUCGCUGUCCAUUGGCUCCAUUGGCUUGACAGCUCAGCGGGUGUAUAGUGUCGUGCAAACGCGCUUUUUGUGUCAAUGUGUACGGACGACAUUUUUCCGCGAAUCAAAAAGCUUGUAGGUUUUGCCCAGUCCUACGAUCAGACUACAUUUGUUAGCCUAGCAUCCUCUUAUGUUAUGACGUGACGUUAGACAGGAAAGUGGUUGUUUGACGACGCCGGGGCCACGUUUUUGUUUUCAAAAAAACUUUAAAUCAAUGCGAUUUUAUCGUUAAGACAAGCCAAUGUAUUCAAUGCGUGACCCGCUCGCAGGUUAGGCGUCCACAUAAGCCAACUGGCGACUUCAACUCCAGACUAGCUAGCGAGCUAAUUUCACGUUAGCAUGGCGUCAGACACAAGUGACACCGAGGAAUUCUAUGAUGCUGCCGAGGACGUUAAUUUCACCCCAUCUCCAAAAGUGUCUCCUGUAAAGUUUGUCAUUCCUUCACCCAAGCUGUCACAGAGAUCGGAUAAUAUUGCACAAGAUGUUAGCUGUGGAGUCGCCACAGCUGAGACUCAGCAAGAUGAUUCCCUACAGAUCAUUGACAGCAUCAUUGAAGAGAGUCAAAAGGGAAGCACUGAGGAGGUCGGCGAAGUGGCUCAACUGUUAGAUCAGCUGCACGUUGAUGUAAAUGCAGAAUCGGAGCCCAAGGAAGAGAUAAAUGCUCAGGAAGUGUCUGUGGAGGUCGCAGCGCCGGCAGUCGAGCCGCAGCUUGUUGACAAACAAGAGGAACGACAGGAAAGUGCAUCGGCAAACGGAGCGGGCUCUAUACCUGCCCCUGAACCCACAGGUUUCCCGGGGCCGUCGGCUUUGUCCCAAGAACAUGUUCAGCCCCCAGACGUCACCAGCACUAUUGGGCCCGGUCAGUCGUAUGUGGCUGUUGUGGUUGCAGAGGGGGAGCAGGAGCAGAGACCUGCAGACAUCUUAGAUCAGGUUCCAUUCUCAGACGGGCCUGCUGACCCCUCAGACUGCUCGGGACCGAGCAAACCCCCACGUCAAUUCACUGUAGAGCCAGACAUUGUAGCCAGCACCAAGAAGCCUGCUCCCUCCCGCCCGCCCCCUCCAAGUGGAGGUCCUCCACCGAGACCGCCUCCCCCAUCAUGGCAGGGUCUACCAUCCAAGAAGUCUCAGGAGUGUCUGAGGCCCAGUGGACUGGAAGUGUCUGCUGUCAGUCCACUCAUUGGAGAUGCUCUGGAGCCUUCUGGCCUGGUGUCACCCAGCAGCACAGUCAGGAGUUUAACCAAAGAGCUGCAGCAUUCCUUGGACCUGGCCAGUGCCACCAGUGGUGACAAGGUGGUAACGGCACAGGAAAAUGAGGAUGAACCGGCAUCGUCUCAGAGCGGAGGACAAACUCCAGGCCCUCAGCGUCCUCGCUCCAACUCUGGUAGAGAACUGACAGAUGAAGAAAUCCUGGCGAGUGUGAUGAUCAAGAACCUGGACACCGGUGAAGAGAUCCCUCUAAUACAGGCCGAGGAGAAACUUCCAGCCGGAAUUAACCCGCUCACUUUGCACAUCAUGAGGAGGACCAAGGAGUACAUUACGAAUGACGCGGCACAGUCGGAUGACGAUGACAAGUCUCAGGCUCCGCUGUCGGACACGGACGGAGGGAAACUGAAACAGAAAACGACUCAAUUAAAGAAAUUCUUCGGCAAAUCUGUGAAGAAAGCCAAGCAUCUUGCUGAGGAAUACGGAGAGAAGGCGGUCAACAAAGUGAAAAGUGUGCGUGAUGAAGUGUUUCACACAGAUCAGGACGACCCGUCGUCGAGCGAUGACGAGGGGAUGCCUUACACCAGGCCGGCCAAAUUCAAGGCUGCGCACAGCUUCAAGGGCCCUUUCGACUUUGAUCAGAUUAAAGUUGUGCAGGACCUGAGCGGAGAGCACAUGGGAGCUGUGUGGACCAUGAAGUUCUCUCACUGCGGGAGGCUGCUGGCGACUGCCGGCCAAGAUAACGUGGUGCGCAUCUGGGUCUUGAAGACUGCCUUUGACUACUUCAAUAACAUGAGAUUAAAGUACAACACUGAAGGUCGAGUUUCACCUUCUCCCUCUCAGGAAAGUUUAUGCUCCUCUAAAUCGGACACUGAUCCCGGGGCAAGUUGUGUUCCAGAGGACCCCGACACAGAAGACAGGAGUGCCCCGUUCCGUCAAGUCCCUUUCUGCAAGUACAAGGGUCACACAGCUGAUCUUUUGGACUUGUCCUGGUCAAAGAACUUCUUCCUGCUCUCCUCUUCGAUGGAUAAAACGGUCAGACUAUGGCACAUAUCCAGGAGAGAGUGUCUCUGCUGUUUUCAGCACAUUGAUUUUGUCACGGCCAUCGCUUUUCAUCCCAGAGACGACAGGUACUUUUUAAGCGGCUCUCUUGACGGAAAGUUACGACUCUGGAACAUUCCAGACAAGAAGGUGGCGCUUUGGAACGAGGUGGACGGCCAAACGCGUCUCAUUACUGCUGCCAACUUCUGCCAGAACGGGAAAUACGCCGUGAUCGGCACGUACGAUGGCCGAUGCAUCUUCUAUGACACAGAGCGUCUGAAGUACCACACGCAAAUUCACGUGAGGUCCACCCGAGGCCGGAACAAAGUUGGACGCAAAAUCACCGGGAUUGAACCGCUGCCCGGGGAAAAUAAGAUUCUGGUGACGUCGAACGAUUCCCGCAUCCGCCUCUACGACCUGAGGGACUUGUCUCUGUCCAUGAAGUACAAGGGCUAUGUCAACAGCAGCAGCCAGAUUAAAGCGAGCUUCAGCCAUGACUACUCCUUCAUAGUGAGUGGGUCAGAAGAUAGGUAUGUGUACAUCUGGAGCACUUACCAUGACCUGAGCAAGUUCACAUCUGUACGACGAGACCGCAACGACUUCUGGGAGGGAAUUAAAGCACACAACGCGGUGGUCACCUCAGCCAUUUUCGCCCCCCACCCGGGCCUCAUCGUCCCGGAGGAAAGUAUGGGAGAGAAACCAGAAGCGGAGUGUAAGAGCCUGGACUCUACGGACUCUGAAACAAUACCCUCAGGAGCCCUGAAGACGGACCACACGGAGGUUCUUCUAUCCGCGGAUUUCACUGGAGCCAUCAAGGUCUUCAUCAACGUUAAAAAGUACUGAGCACUUCCGAGGUCGUCGGCUCUUCUUGUUCCCGGUGGACAUCGGUCCCACAGAUCCAGAGCAACUCUCCAGGAGUCAUUCACUGUCUCCCAGCUAAUGGUUGUUGCUCUGAGACGGAGAGCAGUCGGAACCUUUUUCAGGACAACAGGAAAUUAGAACGUGGGUGUAAUGGACGGAAGAAACUGACGCGACAAAGCAGACCAUGCCGUGGUUUGCGGGUCACAUUUCUAUUUUUUAUUUUUAAUACCAAGCAACUGUGAAUGGUUUGGCAUUAGGAAAAAAGAAGCCGGUGAAUUGCCAAACCUUUUGUGUGGUCUGAUCAGAUGUUCUGAUGUAAAGUCACAGUCAAGACGGAGUACAGCGGUUCGACUAUUUGUAAUCGUUUUGAGCACCUUACUCGUUUUCCGAAAAAAACUCACGUUUACUCCUCAGAGGUGCGAGACACUGUCCUGUCGGUCACAAAUUUCAGUGUGUCCUGUGUUAACACGUGUAACCAUUUGUCUUGAGUGCAAAGUGGUUAAAAAGAAAAAAUUCCAAGCUAUUUGUGCCUACAAAAUCUAAAUUGCUUUUCUAAAUUCAUUUUUUUUCCAGGCUUUCAUUUUAAAUAUACAACACAUUUCAAUAGAUGACAGUGAAUAGAGUUUAUGGUACAGGAACACUGUACAUGCUCACAAAUCAUUAGGGCUGGGUAUCUUCAAUUUUCAGAGUACUGGCUCUUAAGUACUUUUGAUAAAUUUCUUUGACCAAUGAAAGCACAUUUCAUUCAAUAGUAUUGUAAAUUUACUAUAUAACAUUGCACACUUACUGCUUUUGUAAACAACCAAAUGAUGCUCAAUUCAUUUCCUCAAUAAAAAUCCACUUUAAAAUGUU